GGACUGGAACGCAGUCUGAUGUCGUUGGUCAGGUCACUUCGUGACUACAUCGAAAAUGGGGAUGGAGCCAUCGCCAAACUGCUGAGCUCGCUGAGCCAGUCUCCGAUGGCACAGUGGCUGGCCGACCAGCUGGCCAACUCUGAGGUGGGCCUGGUCCUGCUGCUGAAGAGCCUGUGGAACGGCCUGGACGAGCGUGAGGACCUGAAGCAGCCGCGGCGUGCCGGAGGUCGGGGCGUGCGCCUGGCAUUGCCGGAGGGGGCGGUGGCGGGGCCGGUGGCCCGCGACCAGCUGCUGCGGCGCGACCUCAGUCCGCAGCGAGCAGCGGCGGUGGCCGGCCCUUCCGCCUCCCACUGACGGCGGUACCAGCACAGCAGCGGACCGGACCAGACCAGACCGGACCGGACCAGACCGGACUGGACCGACCGCCGACUCCCGCCACACGCGGCGCCCGCCGUCCGGCCCUGCUCGGCCGACGCUGACGGCGGACCAGUCGACCUUGCCCAGCCACAUGCAACAACUCACCUAGUUGCUGCCUUCUGUUGGACCAUCCCAGCCUUCUGGUUAAAAAGCAGCCUGUAACCUAAUUCUGUGCUGCUAAAAUUGGCGACCAAAGUUGCAGAGAAUCUGAGUUUAAGGUCGUAUUCCAUUGAGCUUCCCUAGUCUUAUAUAAACGCUCGUCGUAUAACGUUGCCCGCCGCUUCUGGCAUUACUAUUAUUAACGUUAUGCUGUAUGAAUUGCGCUGCUGCUCUUGCUUUGCGCGAGCCGUGCACCUCCAAUCGUAGCAUUCAUUCGCACAACAAAGACACAGACUUGCUGAUGCUGAAAUGUGUCCUUGUAACCUACCGAAUGAUGAAUGCAUAUGGAACCGCAUCGCUACUCUGGUAGAUGGUACUUGGGAACCUGUGUUUACAUUGUGUUUAAACUCGCGGAAUUUGACAUCCGUUCUUUGCCUAAUGAUCAGCGAUAUGAUGCUCGCGGUGCACUGCGUUUUACUGAAAUAA